GCUUCUAGCAGUCGUUUCUCAGCUCUUCGUUUGGCGCCCUAGCGGACCCCGACCAUCCCUUCCAACCCCGACGCGCACCGUCGUCAUGUCCCAGCCGGGGAUACCGGCCUCCGGCGGCGCCCCAACCGGCCUGCAGGCCCAGAACAGGGCCUCCUCGGCUUCGGGGUCUCUCUACACCAACGGUCCUGUCCAAAAUGCACUGAUGUCUUCACAAGUGUCAGUGAACGAAGGAUAUAAUUCUCAGCUUCCAGGAUCCUACCCUCGUCUAAUACCAGCAAAGACAUUGAAUCCAGUCUCUGGACAGUCUAACUAUGGUGGUUCUCAGACUGUUUCUCCGUUAAGUAUUUAUCAGGGACCUGGGCAGACUCUUUAUAGACCACCUGUGGCUUCUAAUCCAGUGACACCUUCACUUCACAGUGGUCCUGUUCCCCGAAUGCCACUACCUACUUCUCAGAACCCAGCUGCUACACCAAUGCCUUCUGGUAGCUUUCUUCCUGGAGCCAUUGUACAACCACCUUUGAAUUGGCAGUAUAACUAUCCAUCCACAGGAUCACAGACAAACCAUUGUCCUCGUGCAUCAUCCCAACCAGCUGUAUCUGGGAAUACAAAUUUGACAAGUCAUCAAUAUGUUUCUUCUGGAGAUCCUUCACUUCAAAACAACUUCAUAAAAUCAGGUUCUGCACCCCCCUUAGUGAAUCCACCUCUGCCUACCACUUUCCAACCAGGAGCUCCUAUUGGGCCCCCUCCAACUGGAGGACCACCUCCAGUGAGGGCACUCACGCCUCAGAAAUCAUCACAUAGAGCUGUGCCCCAGCCCUCAUAUAAUUCACCUGUCAACCAAGAAGGUAUUACAUCAAAUACCAACAAUGGAUCUAAUGUGGUUCACAAUAGUUAUGAUGAAAUUGAAGGCGGUGGCUUCUUGGCAACACCACAGCAUGCUAACAAGAAUCCCACUAUGAGUGUUGGGUAUUCAUAUCCCUCCUUACCACCUGGUUAUCAGAACACAGCACCACCUAGUACAACUGGAAUGCCACCCUCUUCCUUGAAUUACUCAAGUGGGCCACAGGGCUUUACUCAGACUCCCUUAGGUGCUAAUCAUUUAACUGCAAGCAUGAGUGGAUUAAGUCUACAUCCAGAGGGACUAAGAGUUAUCAAUCUUCUUCAAGAAAGAAAUAUGCUUCCAGCAACACCUUUGCAGCCUUCUGUUCCAAAUUUGCAUGAAGAUAUCCAGAAACUCAAUUGUAACCCAGAGUUAUUUAGAUGCACACUGACUAGUAUUCCUCAGACUCAGGCCUUACUGAAUAAAGCCAAACUUCCUUUGGGACUGCUGCUUCAUCCUUUCAAAGACCUAGUGCAAUUGCCUGUGGUUACCUCCAGUACAAUUGUGAGAUGCCGCUCAUGCAGGACAUACAUCAACCCUUUUGUCAGCUUUCUGGAUCAAAGGAGAUGGAAGUGUAACUUAUGUUACCGAGUCAAUGAUGUUCCUGAGGAAUUCAUGUACAACCCUUUGACUAGAGUUUAUGGAGAACCUCACAGAAGACCUGAAGUUCAGAAUGCUACUAUUGAGUUUAUGGCUCCUUCAGAAUACAUGUUACGACCACCUCAACCUCCAGUGUACCUCUUUGUAUUUGAUGUAUCUCACAAUGCAGUUGAAACUGGAUACUUGAAUUCAGUUUGCCAGAGUUUGUUGGACAAUCUGGAUUUGCUUCCUGGCAACACUAGGACAAAAAUUGGCUUCAUUACAUUUGAUAGUACAAUCCACUUCUACAGUCUUCAAGAAGGUCUCGCUCAACCUCAGAUGCUAAUCGUUUCAGAUAUUGAAGAUGUUUUUAUACCUAUGCCAGAGAACUUAUUAGUAAAUUUAAAUGAAAGUAAAGAGCUCGUUCAAGAUUUACUGAAAACAUUGCCACAAAUGUUCACCAAGACCCUGGAAACCCAGAGUGCCUUGGGUCCUGCACUUCAGGCUGCCUUUAAGCUGAUGUCGCCAACUGGUGGUCGAAUGUCCGUCUUUCAAACACAACUUCCUACUCUUGGAAUGGGAGCCCUGAGGCCACGAGAGGAGCCCAACCAAAGGUCAUCUGCUAAGGAAAUUCACUUGACACCAUCGACUGACUUUUACAAGAAACUAGCCUUGGAUUGUUCUGGUCAGCAGGUAGCCGUGGACUUAUUCCUUCUCAGUGGACAGUAUUCUGACUUGGCUUCUCUGGGUUGUAUUUCUCGGUAUUCAGCAGGUAGUGUGUAUUACUAUCCUUCUUACCACCAUCAGCAGAAUCCAGUACAAGUACAGAAAUUCCAGAAGGAACUACAGAGAUACCUCACUCGAAAGAUUGGCUUUGAGGCAGUAAUGAGGAUUCGGUGCACAAAAGGUCUUUCCAUUCAUACUUUCCAUGGGAACUUCUUUGUUAGGUCAACAGACUUACUGUCUUUGCCUAAUGUAAACCCAGAUGCUGGGUAUGCAGUACAGAUGUCUGUGGAGGAGAAUCUUACGGACACUCAGUUGGUUUCCUUUCAGUCUGCACUCUUGUAUACAUCCAGCAAAGGUGAAAGAAGAAUUCGUGUUCAUACUUUGUGUUUGCCUGUAGUUUCAACUCUGAAUGAAGUCUUUCUUGGAGCUGAUGUUCAAGCAAUUUCAGGGUUAUUGGCCAAUAUGGCUGUUGACAGGUCAGUGACUGCCAGUCUGAGUGAUGCUCGGGAUGCCCUGGUGAAUGCUGUCAUAGACUCUCUUUCAGCUUAUCGUUCUUCAGUCCUAAGUAACCAACAGCCUGGACUCAUGGUUCCUUUUUCUUUGCGGCUUUUCCCACUCUUUGUGUUGGCUCUCCUUAAACAGAAAUCGUUUCAGACUGGGACAAAUGCACGUCUAGAUGAACGCAUUUUUGCCAUGUGUCAAGUGAAAAAUCAGCCCUUGGUUUACCUUAUGCUCACAACUCAUCCCAGUUUGUAUAGAGUUGACAAUCUCUCAGAUGAGGGAGCACUCAGCAUCAACGAUCGCACCAUACCUCAGCCACCUAUUCUUCAGCUUUCCGUGGAGAAGCUAAGCAGGGAUGGAGCUUUCCUCAUGGAUGCAGGCUCUGUACUGAUGCUUUGGGUUGGAAAAAAUUGUGGACAAAAUUUUCUCAGCCAAGUUCUAGGAGUUCAAAACUAUGCAUUAAUUCCACAGAUUAUGACAGACCUUCCAGAACUUGAGACACCAGAAUCUGCCAGAAUAAUAGCAUUCAUCUCUUGGCUUAGAGAGCAGAGACCAUUUUUCCCCAUACUUUAUGUAAUAAGGGAUGAGAGUCCAAUGAAAGCAAACUUCCUUCAAAACAUGGUAGAAGACAGAACAGAAUCUGCAUUAUCAUAUUAUGAAUUCCUCUUGCAUAUACAACAACAAGUGAACAAAUGAACAAAUGAAGAUAUUUGACUUAAAGUCAUGAUAAUGCAGUACACCUGAGAAUGUGUAAUACUUUCCUUUUCCAUUAGGUUUGUGGACUAAUGUGAUGAUUGUAUGUUUUCACUGUGAUUUCAACAAACUAUAGCAAAUAAAGGACCACAGCAGAGAAUCAAACAUGCUACUCUGAAAUACUGUAUUUUUCAAAUCAAAAUAUAUCUACGUACAUUUGAUUGGUUACUCUUUUCCUUUGCUGCCAAUAAUGUUUGAAUUGUUAUGGAUUGAAAUAGGAUGAGACAAUAUUGCAGAGGCAAAGUACAUUUUGUAAAAUAAAGACUUCUGUGUUUCAAAUGUAUAUUUCUCAUUUUUUCCUGAAAUUUUGGCUGCUACAUCUACAACCUCACAAGACUUAAGUGUUGCAGGGAUGUUACAAAUCCAUUGAUAAAUGAUCUUUUUAAAAUCCAAAAAAUUUCAGAAGUAAAUAGUAUGUAGAAAAGCUAGAACCCAUCCCCCACACCUGUUUGUUUUUGUUUUUUUUUUAAGGAAGAAAAAGGAUCAUCAUGUUAACUAAAACUAGAGUAAACUAACUCUAGACUAGUUUGAGAA